AUGGGGAUGGUCAUGCUGCUGUCUGUCUAGGACUCGAGUCGAGAGGGCGGAUUUUCAAGUGGACUCCUUUGCAUCUCCCUUUCUUUGCCGUUUAUCCCAGGAAUGACCGGGAUAUGGUGAUUUAGGGCCACGAAACUGCUAAUCCCAUCUCUCCCAGGCGGAUUUCCCCGUGUCAACAAUUCCCCCUCUUUGUACUGCUCAUAUCAGCUUGCUGCAAUUGACUGGCUACAAUUCUAAUUGUUAACUGAUCCUACACUAUCUACUCUUCUGGCUCAUAUUCUAAGGACGAUUUGGAUUCCAACCGCUAACAUGGAGGAAGAAAUUACUUUCUGCAUUGGCCAGCACCAAAGCAAUCGGCCUUUGCCCAUCACUGCUCAGACGGUGCAGAGGGCCCAUGAGAGUAGCUAUGAUAUGCUUACCGCCCCUAUCACCACUUCUCAAUUCCAUUCCCGGGUCCUCACCCUGCUCUCCUCUCAUCUGUCGAGCUUGCAGAAAGCGACAUGCGAUCCUAAUGGUACUAUGGCGACUACGCAGAAUAUAAGGCCUCUUGUCAUCCCCCAAUUGACCCCUUCGGAUACGCAUCUGACGCCGAACGAUGCGAUGACUCAAUUGGUGGGAGUUACCAGUUCGUGGAUUGAUUUGUGUUCCCCUGAUCCGUUGAUCGCGGACAUAUCCCGUCAAGUUCUCAUGCUGGAGGUUGCCUAUGCAGCUUUUUGUGGCAUUGGUUAUAUUCUCGUUCCUGGGCCCAAACUCCACCAUGGUAGCAUGCAUUCCGAGGGUGUGGGUUUCUAUGCACGAGCUAUCCAGGAUGCACUGAAUAUCGGCCCUUAUAUCCAAUUCCAUAUCUGGUUGAGAACUGUCGAUAGCCCGGACCUUGAAGUUGACCAGAUUGGCGACCUUGCCCCUCUAGCCCGUGAGGAGUUCCUGGUCUCGGACGGGGAACCAACGACAAAGGUGGAUCCAUUUGGGACCUGGGAUGCUUGGGAUACCGUUAGGAGAACCUGUAAAUACCAUGCACGACUUUUCGUAGCACUUUCUAUGCCAAAGCAUCUUCCACCCAUGUCUGUCCAGUCUCGGUGGCAUUCUGAGCCGGUCCAUCUACUUACAUUUGAUGUCUCAUCCUUUAUCAAAAACCAAAAAGGAUACCCUGUUCUUUCAAAAGCACAUCAAUCUCUGAUCUCCAGGUUCAUGCGUCUUCGAACGGCACCGUGGAUCCUUCUUUGCGACGUUGGGCCUAUUCCAGGAGAGGAGUCAAGCGACACCGUCGAAACCAACCGAUCUAAUCUACCAGGCUCGGAGUUUCCAAGUCUUGCCCAUGCUGCUAGCACGACCAAGAAGUAUUUCGAUCAGACCCCUUAUCUAUCAUAUAUUAGGAAUCUUCAGCAACGACAGCCUUCUCGAACCCCUAUUGAGAGAUUUGGCGUAGGGUACCAAGACUAUUUACAAGCACCGCUGCAACCCUUGACUGUCAAUCUGGAAAGCAUUACCUACGAAGUUUUUGAGAAAGACCCCAUCAAGUACGACUGGUAUGAGCGGGCCAUUGCAAAGGCCUUGACCGACUGGGCUGAGCAAAAAAAGCCCACUUCCAACCCAGAUGGUCGGGUAGUUGUCGCCGUGGUCGGUGCUGGUAGAGGUCCACUGGUAACACGGGCUCUUCGAGCCAGUGCCCAAACAGGCGUCGAGAUCGACAUGUGGGCCGUAGAGAAGAACCCUAACGCUUUUGUUCUUCUACAGCGUCACAAAGAAAGCACCUGGGACGGGAAAGUAACCCUUGUGCAAUCGGACAUGCGAAGCUGGAAGGGGCCUCGGGUUGAAAAGAAAAUCGCGUCCAACUCGCCGCCAGCACCUGUCGGUCAGUCUCUCGGGAUUGAAGACUCGCUCCUUUAUUCAGGUGACGAUGUAAAAAACCCAAAGGAUUCCCCACCGUCGUCUGCCCGCCCAUCAGUUUCAGAAUACACCUACGCCCAUGUUGACAUUUUGAUAUCUGAGUUGUUGGGGUCUUUUGCCGACAACGAACUCUCUCCCGAAUGUUUGGACGGCGUCAAUCAUCUCAUUAACCCCGUGCAUGGAAUUUCCAUCCCAGCUUCAUACACUGCCCACUUCACCCCAAUCUCAGCCCCGAAGCUCCAUGCCGAUGUCAUGAACCAGAGCAUUUCCAACCCCGCGGCUCCUGAAACGCCCUAUGUGGUCAUGUUACACGCAAUUGACUUUCUUUCUACGAACCAACCCCCUGCAUCCGCUCUCAUGAACACCAACCUCAGCAAUAGCAGCAGCAGCAGCAAUCCUGUUCGGUCAUCGAUAUCAACUCUUCCAGGAGGAACCGAACCUGCAACUCCUUACGUACAAACGGCUUGGUCUUUCUCCCAUCCUAAUAGGCAUAUUCCACCUCAGCCACUAUCCUCUUCCACCGUCUCCAACUUGCACAACCAACGCCAAACCCGUCUGACGUUCCCUACCCAAAAUCGUGGAGUGUGCCAUGGUUUAGCUGGUUACUUUGAGACCGUCCUUUACCGCGAUGUGGAGCUUUCUACGAAUCCUGUCACUAUGGACAGUAAGAGUGCUAGCAUGAUCAGCUGGUUCCCAAUUUACUUUCCACUAAAGACCCCCCUAAAUGUUCCCGACAAUGGCGAAAUAGUCGUGACCAUGUUCCGACAAACCGAUGACCGAAAGGUUUGGUACGAGUGGAUGGUGGAAGUCUUUGCUCUUGAAUACCGCGCCGGCGAAUCUCCCCUAGGGGGACUGGCCAGCCCCCUCAUGACUGGCGCAAGGACCACUUCGCCGGGUUCUGAUAGUUCCAAUGACAAAUCCAAACAGCAGAAUGGUCGUGGCGGUCCCCGACGUGUCAGGGUUGGAAUGAGUGAUCUGCACUCGAGUAUCAAGGAUGGAUGUCUGAUGUGA